AUGAUGAAACAUGUUGUGCCUGGUUGGGUGCGUCCACACCAGAUCAUCGGGGAGAAAGCCAGGCAGUACAAGCUGUACGGCGUGCAGGGCGAGCCCUGCCUUUUCAAGCACAUUUCGCCUCGGGAUAUCGAACAAGGUUAUCUCGGAGACUGCUGGCUCGUCUCCUCCUUUGCAGCCAUAGCUGAGUUCCCGGACCGUGUGCGUUCGCUGUUCAGACAGAAGGCGCUCACGAAAGAUGGAAAGUAUGAUGUGAGGCUAUACGACCCACACGCAGAGGAGUGGGUGGUCGUGACAAUUGAUGACCGGCUCCCAUACUGGAAGAAGCCGGGCAAAUACGGCAAUCUCUGCUUUGCCCAGGUGACAAAGGAGAACGAGCUUUGGACAUGCCUUCUGGAAAAGGCUGUCGCCAAAUUUGUGCAGUCCUACCACCGUCUGGAUGGUGGCUUCGAGUCCGUUGCCUUGGAGAUGCUGACGGGGAAGCCGUCCCUCUGUAUCUCCAUGAGUGUAAUCCCCAACGGCAUGCACAGACCUUUCACUUACGAAUGUGGUAAAUUACCGUUUACGGCUCGCCACGCCACGGUUCGCAUGAGGACUGAAUCCUUCGAUGCACAGUGGACAUACUACGGCGAGGAUGCCUCUGCUAUGGUUGGUGGCCGACACGGUUUGGAGGAUGCGCAGUUCUGGAAGAUGCUCCAGACUUGGGAUAAGGCAGGCUGCAGCAUAGCAUGCAGUAGCCGACACGACUAUCAAGGCAUCCUGGCUUGCCAUGCCUACACACUGCUGCGCGUUGUGGAAGUGCCAAUCGUGCGCGAUGGGGUGUCCAGCAUCCUCAGGCUCCUUCACGUGCGCAAUCCGCAUCGAACGAAUGAGUGGAAAGGCCGCUUUUGCGAUGACGACGCGGAGACAUGGAAUACAUAUCCAGAGGCUCUGAAAGUUUGCAAGCACACGGUUGGCAUCAAGGAUAACGGAGUCUUCUGGAUGGACUGGGCGGACUUCAAGAAUGGCUUUGAGAAAGUCCAUACGAACUUUGAUAAGCAAGGGGAGGGACCACGCUACACUGACAAGACUGCGCAGGCCCGGGCGGAACAUCUACACGUCUCCUGGGGACAUGUUGGAUACCAGAAAUGGGAGGGGCUUCAACCAAAUCUGCUGGGAAUUGCUGAGUUCUCGUGCGCAUAUUUUUGCUGCACUUAA